UACCGAUAGUAUCAUGAUCGGUUUAGGGAGCAAUUUUCAAUUUUUCCUCACUCUUGUGGGUGCUUAUGCGUGUGUUCUAUAUCUGUACAAACAUUUCAAAUCUCCCCUGUGCUUGAUUUGGAGUGUUUUGUUCCGGAAAAAAGUGCCACUGAAGGAGCGUUAUGGACGGUGGGCUGUGAUAACCGGAGCAUCGGAUGGGAUCGGGAAGGAAUACGCUAAAAAUCUUGCCCGCCAUGGAUUGAAUCUAAUGUUGAUCGCGAGAACGGAAUCCAAACUGGUGAAGUUGGCGGAAGAAAUCACCUCGAAGUUCGGUGUGGAGGUACGAUGGAUAGCCGUGGACUUUUCAAAUGAUUCUGAGAAGGAUUAUGAGAGGCUUGAACGUAAGCUUUCCGGAAUCGAAGUGGGAAUACUAGUGAACAACGUCGGAAUGCUCCACAAACAUCCAGCGAAAUUCGAGGAAAUACCGCUCAAUGAAGUACAGGAGUCACUCACCGUUAACAUCAGUCCCUCGCUCAGAUUGACCCACAUGAUUCUUCCCGAGAUGAAGCGUCGUCGUCGGGGCAUCCUGAUUAACGUGACUUCAAUAGCCGCUUGCGCAGCGAUGGCCUACGCCUCGAUGUACUCCGCAUCGAAGGCUUUCAUGAACAACUUCAGCUUCGCCCUCCAGGAGGAGUUACGCGGGUCUGGAGUGGAAUGUCAACUGCUAUCGCCGAUGUUUGUCAAUACCACUCUGAACAGUCAGUGGCAGAAGUUUGGAUUUUGGAGGUUAUUUUUCGUGGGGGUGAAAAGUUAUGCGAGAAAGGCCGUGUGGACUCUCGGGAAGACGAGUUUUACGACCGGACAUUGGUAUCACGCGUUACAGAUGACGCUGUUCAGAUCACCUCCAAAGUGGGCAAUGGAGCGGUUGAUUACUUAUACGUUGAGAUUUUUUAGGAAGAAGAUAUUUCGGAAGCAACGUCAGUAGCAAGUAAUUGUUUUUAAUACAGAAUGAAUAUAAGACAUACAAGAACUUCCAACUUUCUGUUACGUUACUCAAGUAUCUAAUAAACAAAGAAUAUCUACAACUUGAUUGAA